UUAUCGGUAGUCAUUCAGUCAUACACACAUACAGAGACACGCACACACACUCACGCACGGAGCGCCGGCAGCCGGAGCGGCGAGCAGCAUCCUACCCCCCUCUUAUUGCCAUAACAACCGAUGGCAAAGUCAGUAUGGUUUAAUAAUCAAAAUAUGCGAUUUGGCCCAAGGUAGCGAAGGAGGAUUCCAUCUCUUCUGAAGGGCGAAAGGGACGCAUCUAGGAGCGGUUGGGCGGCCGCGGAUCCCAAGGUGACGCGCAUCCGACAGCCACCGGCGUUAAAACGUGAUCACCUGCGCGACCCGCAGGGUUGCAACCUCCGAAGGGGGUGUGGGGAGAGAGAUCUCCCUAAGAAGAGGAGAGUGAGCGAAAGAGAGAGAGAAAGUGACAAAGAAGCGGAGAGGAGGCGGCCACAUCGAAAAGAGGCAGCCGAGACAGCCCCGAUCAGCCUGCCUCGCUGUAGCCAAGCUCAAGCAGGAAGUGUAAUUCGAACCGUGGGAAAAAGGGGGUAUUAUAUACCCAGGGGGCUCUGAAAUAACUGCGUUCCCCCCCUCCGUUUCCACUAUGGCAAGGGAGAACGGAGAGUCCGGCGGCGAAUCGUGGAAAAAGCAAGUUGAUGACAUCAAGAAGAUCUUUGAAUUCAAGGAGGUGCUGGGAACCGGGGCCUUCUCCGAGGUCGUCCUGGCUCAGGAAAAGACCACAGGGAAGAUGUUUGCUGUCAAGUGUAUCCCCAAGAAGGCGCUGAAGGGCAAGGAGAGCAGCAUAGAGAAUGAGAUCGCUGUGCUUCGCAAAAUAAAGCACGAGAACAUUGUGGCCCUGGAGGACAUUUACGAAAGCUCCAACCACCUCUACCUGAUCAUGCAGCUGGUGUCAGGGGGUGAGCUGUUUGACCGCAUUGUGGAGAAGGGCUUCUACACAGAGAAGGAUGCCAGCACGCUGAUCAGGCAGGUGCUAGAUGCAGUCAACUACCUCCACAAGAUGGGCAUCGUUCACAGGGACCUCAAGCCAGAAAAUCUUCUGUACUUCAACCCACAAGAUGAGUCAAAAAUCAUGAUCAGUGACUUUGGUCUUUCCAAGAUGGAGGGCACGGGUGAUGUCAUGUCUACCGCUUGCGGGACACCAGGAUACGUAGCUCCAGAGGUCCUGGCCCAGAAGCCCUAUAGCAAGGCUGUGGACUGCUGGUCAAUCGGCGUCAUCGCCUACAUCCUGUUGUGUGGCUAUCCUCCGUUUUACGAUGAGAACGACUCAAAGCUCUUUGAGCAGAUACUUAAGGCGGAUUAUGAAUUUGAUGCACCCUACUGGGAUGAUAUCUCAGAUUCCGCGAAGGACUUCAUUAGCAGUCUGAUGGAGAAGGACCCCGAAAAGAGGUUCACCUGUGAGCAGGCCCUGCGGCACCCCUGGAUUGCCGGGGACACCGCCCUUUGCAAAAACAUCCAUGAAUCUGUCAGUCGGCAGAUGAGGAAAAAUUUUGCUAAGAGUAAAUGGCGGCAAGCCUUCAAUGCCACGGCAGUGGUUCGUCACAUGAGGCGGCUGCAGCUGAGCAGCAGUAUCGACAGUUCACACCAGGGCAGUCAUGGGGCGGCCCGCAGCCAGGCCUCCAGUGCUGCCCACGUCAAGAGCCAGUCCACAGACUCUAGCACCCCAACCCGCAAGGAAUGUACGCCAGCCUCUCCCACACCCUGCAGCCUGGCUUCGGCAGCCUCCUCUCCCUCGGUGGGCCUCACACCCGGCGGAGCAGAUCAGAGCCGAUCCCGUCCCUCCACCGUCACUGUCGUCAACACAGGGACCAAGUGACGCCAGGUCCCGCGAGGAACGAGCUGGGAGGCCACAGCACUGUGAGGCAGGGGCGCCCAUUACGCCCCGUCAGCCUCUGUGUCCCCCUGCCCUGGAUGUCUGCCUGCUCAGGUAGACCCCCCAGCUCGCCCCUCGCCCUGCUCCUCUUCCUGGCCUGGGAAGACUUGGAUGAGCAGAGGACCUUUAAAAUGCCAUAUUUUCUACCGUCUCACCACCUCCGACACGGAGCCACAGCAUCGCCCCCCCCCCCCACCACCUUGCUCCCGGCCCAAAGGUCAGCCCUGAGGUCAAUCCUAACGUCACCACGUGACUCCCACAUAACGCAGCUUGACUUGUAAAUCAGACAUGUUUAAUGCUCAUGGGUCAGUCUUUUCACGUUGCAUAGGAUUGGAUCAGGAUCUUCAUGCAAAUAUAAGUCCUCAUGUUUCUGUAGAAGCUUCUUGGGCCCCAGAAGGUCAGGUAGCUCUCAUCUGAGUGGAUGUCCAUCCUGGAGAUCAUGGUGUUGAGCAGAAUCAUUUUUUAGACGUGUUUUGACCUCAUAACCAUGUAACCACAGUUUCCCUCUAUUGACUUUUUUUCUUUUGUUUUUCUUGUUCUGGACUGGAUGAUCAACAGGGCUUUUAUUUCCUGAACCGCAUUUUCUUUCCCUUUGUCUGUUUUUUUAUUUGGAGGACUUCUCCCUUCCUCAGUUCCUGCCAUCGCUCUGUCGAUUUCUCAGCAGGGUCCGACGCUGCAUCGGCCCGUCAUUGAGCUCCGUCUGCCUGUCGGCGGUAGAGAUUGUAAACAGUUUUAAAAAUCCCACAAUGGGGUCAUAGCAUUGUACAAUUUCUUUGUUAAUGGAAACAUUUAAUAUGUUUCUUUAUUUUCUUACUUUAUAAUACUUUUUCUAAAGUCAUUCUAUAUGAGGUAUGUAUUCAGUGUAUAAAACGUUUAUCGCUGUGUGCUGGUAUGUUUCAGGAAUCAGCUUCUGAAUUGUGGAGUUGUGUACAGAAAAACAAACAAAAAAACCCGUUUGAAAUGGCCAUGAUCAGAUUUCUUCAUUAGCAUUACCAGUAGGUGGGCUUACGAAAGGCAGAGCUGUUAUUAUUGGCUCUGGUGGCGUGAUGUCAGAGUGUGAAGUAUCGCUGACACACCCAGUUUAGAGUUCUCAGGGAAUUCCACAACUGCAAACGCACGUGGGCUAUACAGUGUAGGUCUGUGUGAACCCGAGACGUAUAGGGCGUCUGGGAAACGGCCCGCUGCGUGGAAGCGGGAAGCUUUUCAGUAUGUUUCCAACUCUUAAACUGUCAGAGUGCAUUGUGUUUCUUUACAUUUUUGGUAACGUGGUGAAGAAUAUACGAAGUGAAUAAAAUUACAAUAUGGUGUAUUCUAUAGGUGCCAUAAGCACUGCUGGUUAUAGUAUCUCGUUGUUUUUUUGUUUGUUUGUUUAUUCGUUUUUGGAAUGAUAAAUGCCAUACCUUGUGGAGAUUGCUAAUCCUCCAUUUCCCAGUGUGUUAUUUUAGCAGAAGGGGGUGGACUUCAGCGUGUAAUAACGCAAGUUUUUUUGCACCUCUACCACAAUGCGGCUGUUGGUUUUCUUGCCUAUGAGCUCUUCCCAUUACAGAAGGCCCAGAAUUCCUUGCACAGCCUGGGGCAGGGCUUGGGUUGGGGAACUGUUGGGGUGAGGGCGGAGUUGUUUGGGUCAAGCCUGGGAGAGGGAGGUGGCUUUGCGUCCCAGAAGUCAUUAGAAGUGGCGGACAGCAGCUCGGAGAUGGAACUUCAUCCCCGUGACCAGGUGGCCUUUGUGGAAACCCGGUCUGCUCCAGGCCAUGUUACUUUCUUUCUUCUUGUGACUCAUCCACGACCGUGUUGUCAGGGUUAGUGUCCCCUCCCCCCACGUGCUCCCAAAACACCCUCCUCCCUUUUAUUAAGUCACGUUCCCAUUUGCCACAUCUGUACCGUUGGGUAUGGCUUCUGUCCGUUCUGUGUUUGUAUUCGCUGCUCUUAUGUCCGUGUCCCCAUGAUUCAGGGCUUUGACUCACUGAGCCUGGAUCUUUAAUAGGCCGGAGCCAAAGGUUCGGCCUGCCCUCUUCAUGCAGUGUAGCUCUGUCACAUGGCAGUGAAUGUGCAGAAAUCCUACUCAUUUUCAUAAUUUUGUUGUAUUUUUCCAUGUGUCGUUAAUAGAACUCAUCUGGCUAUAGAUUUAUUUUGAUUCUCAGGCAUCGUUUAGCUACAGUUUUUUCUUUGUUAAGGGAAAUGUGAUGGCAUCCUAAUGCUGCCAUCAAAGCUAGUGUUCAGUUACUGCUUCACACUGAAAUUAGUAUUCCUGCUCAGACACAAAAUGAAUUGUUACCAUAGCAGGAUUAGUCCAGACACUAGUUAAAGUAAACGGUUUGGAUUUAACACAAAUAUUAUAACAGAUCUCUGCAGUCAAUACUAACAUACUGGGAUGGGGUGUGGGGUGGAUUUGGGGUCCAACUGGAAUUCGAAGAUGCUUCUGUUUCUAGUGAAAUGGAUGUGUGGCUGUACUUGGAAAUUCCGGAGAAGGACAUAUGGUGCUGGUCCGAACACCAUCCGGACAGAUGUGUGUUCAGGGUCCCAUUCAGUGGCUUGCUGGAGGCAGUGUGCAAUGCAGAUUGCUGAGGGACUCAGCAGUGCCCUCCAGGGGGUGCUCUGGUCUAGUGUGACUGGAACGCCAGUGUGACAGAACUUCGGAAUGUGGCUCUCCCUGUCGCAUACACACGUGUGCCUCUCAGGUGCCGCUUUCCUCUGUCCAUGAUUGUGACUAUACAUCUUACCCCCAUUGCCACUCACACCAUCUCAGAAACAUGCUUGCAUAAGAUAAAUCAUACUCUGGAUGAUGUUCUACCAAUUAGAUAGCUGAUGGGAUUUUUCUUUUUAGAUCCAAAAGAUUAGGUAAUUUUUUUUUUUUAAGCAAAUUUUUAUCAAACAUAUCUAUGCUACAUGUUCCGCUUCCUGAGGCCAGUCCGUGGAUGUCAGUCCAUGAGCACCUGAAGUUGGCUCCUUUGUGACAUCACAAUAGCCACUGGGAGGCCGUGGGUGUCACGCUUGUCAGGAGAGCAGCAUGGCCACCUUCAUGAUGCAUUCAGAUGCUUCAAUAAAAUUCUCAAUUAGAUUAUUUUGACACCAGGCCAGGUACCCAAUUCUCACAAACCAUAACCGGUAGCCAAAGAUAAGUAGAACAGAGUAUUAGAGAAUAGCCGGCAAGCACUGACCGGCCAAUCACUCUUGGCAGAGUGGUUUCAAUUGUUUCAUGCUAAGGGCUAAUGUAAAACAACCAAUAAGGAUAUUUGUAAUGAAGUGCCUCCAGUUUGUGGGGGAGCACUCAAAGUCGCGCUGUCUCCGCAGAGCAGAAUUUGACUGCAGUCUGACCACACAAGGGUGAAUGUCUGCCAGAGCUCCCCCUGCAAGUAGUACGAGACGCCACACGCUUGAUAUCCUACAUUCCUGACCAGGACACUGUUGUAUUGGUGUUGUCUUUCAUCCUGCUUCAGUCACUGAUUUCCCACCUUUAUUGGGUCUGUAUUUUUUUUGCCCCAAGACCCUCAAGCCGUGAUGUGUCCCACCCCUCCAUAUCUUUGACGUAUUGCUUAUAUCCAUGUCACGUGUGGUCAAUGCGAGUCUGUGUGUGGCAUGAGCGUGUAGUGUGUUUUUAGCAAGGCGUGUGCAGGAUGCUAUGCCUCCAGGGGGCGCUGCAUCAUUCAAGCCACCUGUGUCACCCUCUGCCAUCAGGUGGUCUAUUUUACACCCAGUCUUGCUCCUGGCAUCUUUUCGGGACGCUUGCACUCUAGCUUUCCCGUGUCAGUUUUUGCUUUAACAACAGGGAGUGUCUAUUGGACAGCUCCAGCUGUCGUCCUCCCCAACUGAACCCCCUCUGCUUUUUUCCAGCUGAUGCAAAACCACGCAAUGGAUAUCCCGUCCUAGAUUGUGAUGCGCUUACAGUCAGUCAGGGCCGAUCGGUACUUUAAGGACAGAAAAUCAGUGACGAUUGCAGGACCUCAGCUGACCUGUCACAUAGUUUUAAAAAUGUAAUUUCCAGAAUGCCGAAGCAAGGCCUUUGGUGUGCCACACCACGCAUCAUAAAACAAAGUAAUAUGUUUGACUUUUACAACCAAAUAACCAAGGCUUUCUCCACCUCUAGCUUAGUGCUGUGACUGACUGGUCCAGAUGUGACAUGCUUUAAACUAAAGUUAUUUUUAAUUGAUAUGUGGUCUUCAAGCACCAAACCUGUUAAAAGUUAACUUUAGUAUAGCAAGCACUCAUAAAACGGUAUUAAUAAAGCAAGUCUAUAAGCGUCCGAUGUGCUUUACAGGAGGUUUUUAUGAAAUGCACGCAUGUUUAACGCUCUUUAAGACUCGGCUCCACCAGUGUCUGCGUAACUAUUAUACCCUACUAUAAUAUCUAUAUGUAUUAAAUAAAACACACUGUUAUGAAAAUCCAGGUCUUGUGAUUGUAACAUUUCCAUAAAGGUGUUUUCCAAAGCCCGAUGAAAUGUGAAAUAUUUACUCUUUGCAUGUUAUGAAGAUGAUCCAUUAUUUUCGGAAGUGGCUGCCUGUUGUGGCUCUACUGUGAUGUGACAGUUUGCUUAUGGGAUGUGUACAGCAAAUGCCUUUGACAAUCAUGUACACAUAUCAGAGUUUACAUCACAGUGAACGCAGAAGUGAGAGUGAUUGGUUUUUUUGUUCCUUCAAUAAAUUUUGAAUGAUCAUUAUGCUACA